AUGAAAAAUUUUUUUUCUUUUGUUUUCCCAUUACAGAUCCGACAUUGUUUCGGUUUGUACGAUGAAAUUUCCCGGACCAAAGAACGUCACUGCAAUUGGAUUAGAUUUUUACGUACGUCAUCAACUUAUUCGGAAGAGGUCAACGUCAUAGGUUCAAGGGUCAAAGGGGAACCAAUUUUCGAAGUUGUUAAAAAUAUACCCGCAAAUACGGAAUUGGUGGUAUUUUUUUUCCCAGAGAGACAAGAAGAAGUUUUUUUCAUGCCUGCCGUUAAUUAUUUGAGAAAUUCAUUGUACAGAAGAACUAUGGACACCAUACUCGAAGACUCGCCAUUAGAUCUCUCAACAUCUCUUUUAUCUAGAGUUAUGAUACCGUCACCAGGUUCGACAUCGAGUUCGCCACCGAGUCUCGGUGGAGAUGCAGACGAACGUAAAUCACCGGUAACGAGUUCGGAAACGUCUUCGAAUUCUGGAGAUUUACUGGAUAAUUUAAAACAUUCCACUCAUUCUCAACAAAAAAUUAGAAGUCAAAGAGGUGAAAGGAAUUUGCUACCGUGCGAAGUUUGCGGUAAAGCUUUCGAUAGACCGAGUUUAUUAAAAAGACACAUGAGAACGCACACAGGUGAAAAACCUCACGUUUGUAUGGUUUGCAACAAAGGUUUUAGUACUUCCAGCAGUCUGAACACUCAUCGAAGAAUACACAGCGGUGAAAAACCUCAUCAGUGUCAAGUUUGCGGAAAAAGAUUUACCGCUAGUUCUAAUUUAUAUUACCACAGAAUGACUCACAUAAAGGAAAAACCACACAAAUGCACUCUUUGUGCAAAAUCAUUUCCGACUCCAGGAGAUCUCAAAUCCCACAUGUACGUUCACAACGGUUCUUGGCCUUUUAAAUGUCACAUUUGUAAUAGAGGAUUUAGCAAACAUACUAAUUUAAAAAAUCAUUUAUUCUUACACACCGGUGACAAACCACAUUCUUGCGAAUUAUGUCAUAAAAAAUUCGCAUUGGCUUGUAAUUUAAGAGCGCACAUGAAAACGCACGAAGGUGAGAAAUAA